UUUGUAUGAUCUACUUCCUUGUGGGUUUUAACUUAAAACAUACACAAUCUUGAUUUAUUUAGACAUAGAAAAAUGUAUGCAAGUACGGCAGAAGAAAACAAAGACAUAGAUAUUGCUCCUGACGAUGCUUCAGAUAAGUUAAAUGAAAAUAAAGAGGACAAAAUGAAUUACGAAGCGCAUACUUUCGAUUUCACAGAAAGAUCUUGCAGGACAGGCGAUUUUAUUUUGAAUGUGGAAGGGACUAAAUUACAUGUUGCAAAGAUUAUAUUAUCGCUUGCAUCUCCAGUAUUUGACAGAAUGUUUCAAUCGGAGUUCAAAGAAAGUAGCAGCGAGGAGUUGUCUUUGCCAGGAAAGAAUCUGGAAGACGUGAAGGAAUUUUUACGGUGUAUCUAUCCAAACUGUCUCGUGCAAGUUUCUUACGACAACGCUCUACGGCUACUACCACUUGUUGAUGAAUAUCAAGUUCUCCAUCUUAAGUCAAGAUGUGAACAUGUGUUGGUUGAAAAUGUUAAUGAUGAAACAUCCGUUGAAGAGCUGUAUCAGCGGUUAAAUGAGGUAGACAUGUAUAAAUUGAAUGAUCUACCUGAAAAAUGUAUCACAUUAGCGUUGCGAAAACCACACGAUGUACUCAUUGACGCUAAACGUACGUGCAGACCUCCAUCAGAGGACUUGGUUGAAAUAUUUGAAAAAGUAACUUUUAAAAUGACAGAAAUACAAAAACAGAUUGAAUUGAAGAAUGAAGAAUUGUCAAGAGAGAUUGAAAUAUUGAGAGAUGAUGCUGAAUUAGGCAAACAGGUGAAAGAAAGUGAUGCUUCAAAUAUAAAGUUAUCUGAAGAAUAUGAUGUAUCUAUGGCCUAUAUAACAGCGGAAAUAAAGAAAUCAAAAGAGGUAGCUUUUGAAGAGAAUGUUAAAUGGAAGGAAACACAUGUUGUUUUAAUGGCUCCAGUUGCAAAACAGUACAGUACAUCUAUUGAAAAAGAAAUAUGGGAUGUCCCUAUACAAAUUUCAACUUCAGUUCGUACUGAAACAGAAUACAGCCGGCGCAUUGGUUGUUAUAUUGAAACCUGUAAUUGGUUUCAUAUUAAAAUAAAACAUUCAGGAAAGGGUCAUAUUUCUUGCAAAGUUAAUGCAAGAUGUGACCUUGUAAAUAGACAGCCUGUUGGAGAAAAUAUUUCUGUCAGUAAGAAAUCUUAUUUCAACGAAGGAAUGCGUGAACAAUGUAUAGACGUCAAGAGGAUAAACGAUAUAAACAGUGUAAGUGCAGGCUUUAUACGUGAUGGGAAAAUCGGAGUUAUUGUUCAUUUGUAUAUGACAGAGCCUAAUAAGGGAUAAGGCUUAGAGUAUCAAAUGUCAUUAAUUGUUGUCAUAACCUUUAGUUACAUUGAUACUAAAUACGUAUCUUAAAAAGCGAAGAAAAGAGGAAGGUGCUCACAUAACAGUAUUACACGAAUAGAACUCGCAGUUUAAAAAAAAACAGAGUCAGGUCCAUAGUAACCUCUUUUGAAGAGGGCGAUGCCCGUCAGACUAGAGACGCUACGCUUAGGCCUUAAUAAGGCUUUGUCUACAGAAAAUUCUUCGCAAUCUGACGUUUAUGUAUUUUGAAAAUACUGCUGUAUCGAGCAAAAUUAUGUAUUGAUAUGCAACCAUGUAGUUGUUGAUUUUUUUUUUCGUUUUAUAAUGUAAAUUUCUUAUACAAAACUAAGCCAUGAGAUGAAAAUGUUUGUUAAUUGUUCAUACAAAAUAGAAUUAUUUUGGACUAUUUUUCAUUUCCAUCAGUGAAAUAACCGGUCUACUAAUAAAG